UCCGCACAGAAAAUAAACUAAGCAGUUCACACUAACCAUACGCACAAAACAAUUCAAUUUGCAGAGGAAGAAAAAUGGCGAAAGCUCUCCAAUUUCCUAUUAUCGACCUCUCUUCUCCUGAUCGCAUCUCUACUGCCCGUUCAAUUCGUCAGGCAUGCUUGGAUUGUGGGUUCUUUUACCUUAUGAAUCAUGGGAUAGAUGACGAGUUGGUACAAAGCGUUUUUCAAGAGAGCAGAAAUUUUUUCUCACUCCCUGUUGAAGAGAAGAUGAAUCUUGCUCGCAAGGAACAUAGGGGUUACACACCACUUUAUGCUGAGAAUCUUGAUCCCUCUUCAAGUUCUAAAGGAGACUCGAAAGAAAGUUUCUAUAUUGGUCCAUUGGAAAGCAUUUCAACUUGUGAUCUGAAUCAAUGGCCUUCAGAAGAAGCUUUGCCAUGUUGGAGAUCUACAAUGGAGUGUUACUAUGAAAAAGUCCUACAUGUGGGAAAGAGACUGAUCUCACUAAUUGCUCUGGCUUUGAACUUGGACGAAGAUUUCUUUGAGAAGGUGGGAGCUAUAAAUCCACCAUAUGCUUUCCUUCGGCUAUUACGUUAUCCAGGGGAGUUGGGGAUUUCCAGUGAAGAAAUAUACGGUGCUUCUGCUCAUUCAGAUUAUGGAAUGGUCACAAUUCUAGCAUCCGAUGGAGUCAGUGGACUUCAGGUUUGCAGGGAGAAAUUUAAGCAACCACGUGUCUGGGAAGAUGUGCAUCAUAUCAAUGGGACCUUCAUUGUUAACAUCGGGGAUGCAAUGGAGAGGUGGACAAAUUGUUUGUUUGGGUCAACUCUGCACAGAGUGAUGCCAACAGGACGAGAACGCUAUUCUAUGCCUUUCUUUGUAGAUCCCAAUCCGGAUUGUGUGGUGGAAUGCUUAAAGACUUGCUGCAGUGAGUCAUCUCCUCCUAGAUUUCCUCCAAUCCGCGGUGGAGACUACCUGGAAGAGAAGCUCAGGAUUACAUAUGCCUCGGCCUUGUAAUUUUUCCAAGACUAUUGAUACUUUUGAAUUCCCAGUGGUACUUCCUGGCUUUUUCGCUGAAGACUGGCAUGACAUAUAAAUAUUAUGCUUCUGUACUAUUACAACUUUCACUUUAUUCGUAUUAUUUGACUAGAAUUCCCAAGUUUUUUUUUUUUGUUUUUAGGGUGAUAUAAUAAGCAUAAAGUAUAGUCAAUCAUAAUUAUCCACUAUUUUAGGAUAGCACAACAAUACCCAAAAAAAAAAAAAAUUUGGAACAAUACCGAAAGUUUUUAUUUUUAAAUGUGAAGAUAGACUCUUUAAAAGUAAAGUUAUAACCGAUUGGUGUAUUUCAUGAUUGAUUAUGAAAUAUUGUGAUCGAUCAUAAAUAACUAUAAAAAUUGUUUACCCAUGUAAGUUCUUUAAUUUGAAGGAGGUGAUUUCAAUGAUUUUAGAGUUGUAACUUACUUUUAAAAAUUAUAAUUUGUCAUUUAAAAUUUGUAAUUUUUAUGUUUGAUCUUAACGUUUUGAGAUCGAUAACAUUUUUUGGUACGGUUCUUCUUUUGCUAACAUAAUCUUCCUCAUGUUUUAUAUGUUUUGGUUAAGGGACUGAUGUCGUAUCGUGCUACUGCCUUGACUUAGAAUUCUUUUCCUCACUCAUCAUCUUCAUUAGAAAUGAUCCCCUUGCCCUAGUACUAGGGGGCAGAAAUUUCCUGGAAUGAUCUACUUGUCAUAUUUUCAACUUCGAAGAUGAACCAAAGUUUCAUGGUAUGUUCCUCCAUGGACGGUUAUAUACACUUGAAUAUAGUUAUCCCCAUAGAAUUUCCUUCCAAACGAUAGUUGGUUCCCUUUUAUUAGAGAAAUAAAAAUGGCUGGUUUGGGUUGGAAUUUGUUGUGGGUCCCGGAAGAUUACGUUAUUUAUGCAUGAAGGCACCCUUGGAGUUCGUUUUGUU